AUGAUGAAUGGCGACAUGGUCACUGUUGACAUGCUAAGCAUGAAAACUGAAAAGCAGGUGCACACUCUAAGCACUAAGAAUACUGAUAGGCAAAUCAUUUUGAUAAUCUCUACAAUUAACAUGGAAUAUAAGAAAGGUUUGCGGCUUGGUUUAGCAGAUAAUUGCCUCGUGUUUGAAAACGUAACCCUCACUAUAACGUGGCUCCUGAACCCUUACACCGGCAAUCUGUCCUGCAUUGUAAGCACCGGAGAUGGACACUCUAUUGAUCCUUAUCAGCCGGAGAACAGUAUAAUUCACAGCUACGCAUCACCUGGAGAAUUUGCUGUGUUUGUGGAAUGUUCCACCAGUGAAUGGCAUGUGACAGCGCAGCAGAACAUUAUUGUGGAAGAGAGCAGCGGCAACUUAAGUGUCACCGGUUGUUUCAGCCAACAUGCACUCCAAGAUGGGGGUUGCGGAGCCGCAUACGGAGAGACCCUGUGGGUUCAGGUAGAGCUGAGUACAGGUAACAACACAAGUUUUUUGCUCAUAGCAGAUAACAUGACUUUAUCUGAGUCCAGGGUAAAGAGCGGUGAAACGUCCCACAAUCUCACCCUGGACGCCGCAGCUCAACGUCUUAUUGGCCCAGGAGCCCGGAAGCUGCAGAUCAUGGCCUCUAAUAACAUAACCGGAGUCAAACUCAAUGCCAGUGUCACCAUUCAGCUCAUUGAGGCUGUGUCUGGCUUACAAGCCGUGAUGUCUACCGGCACACUAGAAGCGGGGAAAGAGCUGCAGAUAAAUCUGUCCUUAUCCCGUGGAGCGCCGGCUGAGGUGAAGAUUGAGAUCACAGGACCUAACGAAACCGUCACCCACUCCAGACAGUGCGCAACGCAGCAGCUUCACAUAUACAAUAUCACUAUUGACACAGAAGGUACUUAUACGGUGAAAGUUACAGCUGGCAAUGCAGUGUCAAACACGAGCCUGGACAUUGGAAAUAUAACAGUAAUGGGGAACUCUACUCAACAGGAAGAGACACAAGACAAGCACAGAACACCAGGCAAUGAGGAAGAGGAUGUCAUAAAGAAGCAAUGGACAAUGCAGCUAAAGUCCCGCAGCCAUGUCAGUCCCUUCUCCAACAUCAGCCUGCAAUGGCCCAGUAUUCCUGGCACUACUGUCAGCUGGUCGUGCGGGUAUUGCUGGUCUGGCUGGUAUGAGUGUGUGGAGCAGAAUCUAAUUAACACCACCUCCGAUAAGAUUGUGAUCCCUGCUCCCUGCCUGCCGCCUCCCAACGCUGCAUUCACUAUCCGGGCUGCGGUGACACACAGUGAGCAGGGCGCGGUACAAGAUGAGAAGUGUUUCUAUGUCACUGCCAAGAACCAGCUCCGAGCCCAAAUCAGUUGCGAGACCAAUUGCAAGAAUGUUAACCUCUCCAACGACAUGGUGUUCCGUGCUUCGUGUGAGGAUUGUGAGGAUGUUACAUAUAGCUGGUAUCUUGACGCCAGCUUAAUGAAGAAGCCUAUGAGCCUCCCUGCCAUGUGCCACCAGCGGGAUUUCAGACUCAGCACUCUGAUCUUGUUACAAAGGAACACGUCCACCUUGGUGCUGAACAGCAGCUUCUUGCAGAACCAAUCAGACGGCGCGUUCAGAAUAAAGCUGACAGCCAAGAAUUCACAUGAGUAUGGAGAGGAGAUGAUUGUUGUUAGAACCCUGCCCCCUCCAGAGGUGCCGACCUGCACUGUAGAUCCUGGUGAGGGUUCUGCGUUGACCAGCUUCCGGAUUUCCUGCUUUCCUCCGUGUUCUCUGACUGACUCCUGUAUCCAUGACGAUCGCAUCUCUCUCACUUACUGCUUUUACCCCAAGCCAAAGUCUCAGCUGUACUGUGGCCCAAAUCGGGAACUUCCCUCUGUUCAUUUACAACUUGGAGAAGAAGAGAAUGACUUCAUGCUAAACGUUACGGUUACUGUCACUAAUAACUUUGGAGAUUCCAUCAACACCACAGUGAAAGUUAAGGUCAGACCUGAUGAGACGAGCAUCGAGAACCUGGCAUCUUUCCUGUCUGAGAGAUCUGCCAACAUUAUAAAGGAGGGGAGCGACAGCAACUCACUAAUGCAGCUGUACAAAUCCGUAUCGUCUGUCUUAAAUCAAGAGGCCCCUGUGGACAACCGCAAUGUGUCCCUGCAAAGAGAUAAGAAAGAGUUACGUGAAGUAAUGCUAACAGCGCUCUCUGCUGUUAAUGUCACGUCACUGCACACAGCUCUGCAGAUGUCCGAGGUGCUGAAAGACAUUACAUUAAGAAGCGAAGAAUUGUCUUCAUCAGCUCAGGUGGAAGCCAUGACCGUGCUGAAAGACGUCAGUCAUUCCUUACUGACCAUAAACAAUGAACAAGACCAAACAAAGGAAACAACAGCAAACUAUCUCUUUAAUGCUAUCAGCAAUGUGCUGGAAGCCAGUGCAAGGAACGGGACUGAUGGGGAGAGCAGGAGCACAGUGUCACAGCAUUUACUGAGUGCAGUGGAGAAUCUGCAGAGUGCAUUACUGGUCGGAAAAGUACCAAAUAACGAGCCCACGGUAUUGAUGGCACCUACAGCUACUAUGUACAUAAACAGGCUGCAGUCUGACCAAGUAGAGGGGACGUCUGUGAAUAUUCCUGACAUCAGCACAGCGACGUUCACCCUUCCGUCACUGUCCUCACUGAACAUCCCCCUAGAUAACGAAGAAGUGCUGGAUCUUCGGAUGGUGAGUUUCUCAGUGAAUCCAUUCUCACAGAGUGCCACGUUUGAUAUCAGCGGAUCUGUAGGAGGACUGAGCCUCACCAGCCUGAAUGGAUCAGUUAUCCCCAUAAAGAACCUCACGGAAUACAUAGAGAUAAUAUUACCCAGGAAUUCCACGGCUGACGGAGAGAAAAGCCUUUUGUCCCUGGCUAAUUUCACGUCCCUCCUGGUAAAUGUAACAUCGGCCAGCAUGCCUCUUGUUAUUCAUCUGGAACUCAGCGAGGACAUACCCCUGGCCCUGUACCUUGGGUACGAGUAUCAUCCAAACCAGACAAACUAUGACAUUGAUGUUCAUCUGUCUAAAGGACAAUACUCUGGAGAUAAAGGAUAUUCCUGGGUGAUAAACCCCAAGGAGCUUUUUGGGGAGGGGACCUAUUACUUGACUGUAACACCAGAAGUGGAGGGAGAUGUUCUCAGUAUAAAGAACAUAUCCAUAGCUGUCACCUGCUUUGCUUCCCAGUGCGUGUUCUGGGAUGAGACCAACCAGGACUGGAAUAGCACUGGGUGCCAUAUUGGACCCAAAACUACUCCCCAUAGUAUCCAGUGCCUCUGCUCCCACUUAACCUUCUUUGGUAGCUCAUUCAUUGUCAUGCCAAAUGCUAUUGAUGUGAGCCGAACAGUGGAACUCUUUGCCACCUUUGUAGACAAUCCAGUGGUGGUGACCACCGUCGGGUGCAUUGCUGUAUUCUAUGUGUUGGUGCUAAUCUGGGCAAGGAGAAAAGAUAUUCAGGAUAAUGCCAAGGUGAAGAUCAUAGCACUUGAAGACAAUGACCCAUUCGCCCAGUAUCGAUACCUCGUCACUGUCUUCACUGGCCACCGCAGAGGAGCUGCAACCACAUCCAAGGUAACUCUUACACUGUAUGGCUCUGAUGGAGAGAGUGAUCCUCACCACCUGUCUGACCCAGAUGGAGCGAUAUUUGAACGUGGGGGGUCUGAUGUUUUCAUGAUGACAACCUUAUUUCCACUUGGGGAAGUGCAGAGCAUUAGACUGUGGCAUGACAACUCUGGAGCCAGGCCCUCAUGGUACGUGAACAGAGUUCUGGUACAUGACGUGGAACUGGACCAGAAGUGGUAUUUUCUCUGUAAUUCUUGGCUUUCCGUUGAGGUUGGAGACUGUAUGCUGGAUAAAGUGUUCAGUGUCGCCACAGAAGAGGAUAUGAAACAGUUUAGCAAUCUGUUUUUCAUGAAAACAUCCAAAGGAUUCCGGGAUGGUCAUAUCUGGUACUCAGUCUUUAGCCGCUCUCCCAGAAGCCCUUUCACCCGGAUGCAGAGAGUGUCCUGCUGCUUCUCCUUACUCCUCUGCACCAUGCUGACAAGCAUCAUGUUCUGGGGGGUGCCCACAGACCCUGCUGACCAGAAGAUGGAUUUGGGUAAAAUCGAGUUCACCUGGCAGGAGGUUAUGAUUGGAUUUGAAAGCUCCCUGCUGAUGUUUCCCAUCAACCUCCUGAUCGUACAGAUCUUCAGAAACAUCCGACCCAAGCAAAAAAAGGAAUCGUCAGAGAAAAAGGAAAGAGAUUGUACGUCAGAUACUGCUACCAGGUCUUCAUCCUCACCAGCUGUCUCCGGCUUGAUCCUCACCCCAGAUACUAUUUUGAAGGACAUCAGAAGAAUCGCCAGCUCCCUUUUUAAAGCCCAGAAGGCUCCUUUACCCGAUGUACAUUUCGGGAAGUCAGCGGACAUCAACAAACUUUUAUCGCUGGUAGAAGACAUCAUCCUGAAACAGAACAGAGCUGGACAAGAGUUUUAUGAUGAGGAUAAGAAGAAGGAGAGGUCUCUGACCCUCAGCCUUGGCUCUGUAGAUGAAGAAAUGAGGAGCGUCACCCCAGAAAAAGCACUAGGAGAGAGGCCUCCCCGAGGAGAGCAGAACCGCUGCCUCUACCAGCAGCUCCAGCACAUUGAGAGGAAGUUGGAGCUCCUAGGACACCAUCAGUUCCAGAAUCCCCGGAGUUACAGCCAGGCUGUGUCACAAGUGCAGCACAUGAAGGAAAUCUUGGAAGACCAAAUCUAUGCAUCUGGUUCUGCUAGUGACAUAUGCUCCUCCAGCGCCAGUUUAUCAGAGGAGAAGAAGAAGACUAAGCCUAAGGGUUUGCCCUGGUGGUUCGUCUUCGUCGGCUGGUUUCUCGUGGCAGCUACUAGCGGUGUAUCUGGCUUCUUCACAAUGUUAUACGGCCUGCAUUACGGGAAGGACAGUUCUAUCAAGUGGCUGAUAUCGAUGGCAAUCUCAUUCUUUGAGAGUCUCUUCAUCACGCAACCUUUAAAAGUGCUGGGUUUUGCAGCAUUUUUUGCUCUAGUUCUUAAGAAAGUGGAACCGGAAGAUGAGGAGGAAACGGCGCUGAAUGGAGACUACUCUGCACCAGGUGAUCCGAAUCCGUUGCUAGAGUGUCGUAGAGACAGUAACAUUUACCAGCCUCCUCCUCCUACUGAUGUAUCAAGGAUGAAGAAUAACUUUAUAAAGGAACAAAAAGUUUUUGCCUUAAUAAGAGAAAUAUUAGCUUACCUGGGAUUCUUGUGGAUGUUGUUGCUGGUCGCAUAUGGGCAGAGAGACCCCAAUUCGUACUACCUCAAUAAACAUAUCGAGAAUAGUUUCACCGAUGGUCUUGGAGAUGUCUGCAGCUACCGAGAUUUCUUUACCUGGGCAAACACGACUCUGAUCAACAAUCUAUAUGGAACUUAUCCAGGCUUUGUGACAGAUGGUCACUCCAAGCUGGUCGGAGGUACGCGGAUCCGUCAGGUUCGCGUCAUAAAGGAUUCUUGCCCAAUAGCGCGUGCCCUGCAGAGCACAAUUGAAGACUGCCGGACUCCGUACUCUCUGGAUACAGAAGAUAUGGGACUGUAUGGUGAAAAGUGGAAUAUCUCUGCUUUCAGCAACACAACUGAAGCCAACACAGCAUGGCACUACCAGAGCCAGUCUAAACUUAGGGGCCACCCGGUCUGGGGCCGACGGACAACGUACCGCGGAGGGGGCUAUGUGGUUGAUUUAGGAAGUGAUCGAGCGACUGCUUCCAGAGUUUUGCAGUAUCUCUUCAACAACGUCUGGCUGGACACUUACACCAGAGCAGUGUUUGUGGAGUUCACCAUUUAUAAUGCCAACGUCAACCUCUUCUGCAUCAUCAGGCUGACGUUUGAGACCAAUGCAUUAGGCACCUUCCUGACGCACGCUGAUCUGCAGAGUAUCCGACUGUAUCCUUAUACGGAUGGCUUGCACAUCUUUGUGGUGGCAGCUGAAGUUAUAUAUUUCCUCUUUGUUAUUUACUACAUGGUGAUACAGGUCAAACUCAUGAGAAGUGUAAAAUGCAGACGGUAUUUUCAGAGCAAGUGGAACUUGCUGGAGUUCACCAUAAUCCUGAUCAGUUGGAGCGCCCUCUCUGUCUUUGUGAAAAGGACAAUUCUCGGGAACAGAGACAUCAACUACUACCAGGACCACAAGGACGAGUUUGUAAGUUUUAAUGAAACUGCGGAUGCGGAUGCAGCCUUGGGCUAUCUGAUAGCUUUCUUAGUACUUCUAUCCACCAUUAAGCUGUGGCACCUUCUGAGACUCAACCCAAAGCUUAAGAUGAUCACAGCGACACUGCGCAGAGCCUGGGGUGACAUCUCUGGAUUCAUCACAGUCAUGGUCAUAAUGUUUCUGGCCUAUUCCAUUGCUUGUAACUUGAUAUUCGGAUGGAAGCUUAAAUCUUACAAAACUGUGUUUGACUCUGCUAAGACUAUGGUCAGCCUUCAGCUGGGGAUCUUCAACUAUGAGGAGGUAUUGGAUUAUAAUCCAAUUUUAGGUUCUCUUCUGGUGGGAUCGUGUAUUAUUUUCAUGACCUUCGUGGUGCUUAACCUCUUCAUAUCGGUUAUCUUGGUUGCGUUCAGUGAAGAACAAAAGAAUCACCAGGCAUCAGAGGAAGAAGAAAUAGUUGACCUCAUGCUGAUGAAAAUAUGCAGCUUUCUCGCGCUACGACACAAGAAGGAGGAUGCAGAGGGUUGCGGCAAGUCUCCAGACGAGCUGACAAAGUGAUACUAUAUGAUGUUCUGCUUGUAACCGUACAGAACAGGUUCUGUAACCCAUAGCAACACACCAGUCAACAGUUACUAUGAAAAAUUACAGCUACAGCCUGAUUGAUUGCUCUGUCAAACAGUUAAGGCCUCCACACACGGCGCAAUGCGUCCUCUAAUGACACAUCUUGAGCUACGGGACCCGGUUGGGUGCCGGCAUCGGCAAGUGCAUACACACUUGCGGAUGUCGGCAGUGCCAGCAACGGCGCUGGGGGAGGGAGGGGGACACAUGACAGGGAUAGCGGGGCCAUGCUUCGGCAGCAUGGCAUCAUUCUCCACCUCCUCAGAUCUUUCUGCAUCUUCAAAAGAUCUGAGGAGACGACCAGCGACCCGCAGGUGCGCACAUAGCGUCAAUAUCAUACCCACACACGGACAGUUUUUAAACGAUAUGUCGUUCCAAUCGGUCGUAAACAUCAAUAUCAUUUAAAAAUCUCACCGUGUGUGGGAUCAGUACGAGAUCCCGGCGGUCGGAAUACCGACACCGGGAUCCCAACUGGCACAAUCCCGACAGGGGGGCGAGCGCAACGCAGCCCCUUGCGGGCUGGCUGCACUCGCCAUGCUGCAGGCACGGUGCCUCGCUACGCUCGGCACACUAAUUUAUUCUCCCUCUAUGGGUGUCGUGGACACCCACAGAAGGAGAAUAUGUCGGGAUUGUGCCGGUCGAGAUCCUGGUGUCGGUAUUUCGACCGCCGGGAUUCCGUCCGGCGGGAUCUUGACCGCAUCCCCCGUGUGUGGGCACCUUAACAUGUGUACCUAUAGUUAUUUAUUUAUUUAUGUAUUUAUUCAUUAAUUUUAACGUUAAAGGAAACAUUUCUCUCUUCACACUUAUGUGAAGCUGCCGCAGCAGUGCACAGGAGUUGUAUUUAUCAUGAGAGUGGUGACUCUGGAUACACAGCAGCUGUUUUGUAGCUACUGAAUAUAAGGAAUAUAAUACUACAUUUAAGUCAUUUCAUAUUAUGACGAGUACAGUUCAUAUUUAUCUUAUGCUGUUACACUGUGCUUCAUAUAUUCAUUUUCAGUGCAAUAACGCAUUGUGCUUGUACAGGACCUGUUUGUGUAAGCAUACAUGUACUGGCUUUAAUGAUGUACACAAUAAACUGUAAGUACUGCAACCAAA